AUGGUGAACUGGGCAGAGUUUCCCUUCGAUCUCAUUGCUCAGAUUGCAAAGCGUGUUAAAGUGAUUGAAGACUUCAUUGCUUUUGGUGCUGUUUGUACCUCUUGGAAAAUCGCCGCUACAUAGGAAUUCGAUGUACUUUCACCGCAACUUCCGUUGCUAAUGCUGGAGGACAAAGAUGACGAUUAUCGAGAAUUCUACUCUCUUUCCAAGAAGAAAGUUUCACGCAUUUUUCUCCCGGAAGCUAGAGGACGAGAGUGUUUUCCGUCACAAGGAUGGCUGUGUACCUUGGAAAAGAAUACUGGAGAGAUGAACUUGUUGCAUCCUUUCACCCGUACCCAAAUUCAACUUCCUACGGAAAAAGCCUUAUGGGAUUUACAGGGUUACCAAGCAGGACGCGAUACAUUGGACUUUAUGGAAAGACUUGUUUUAUCAGCCAGUCCUUCUGUUACAUCUGAUUAUGUACUUGUGGUUUACUAUUUUACAGAUAGUGAGUAUUUGGCUUUUUGGCGACAUGGAGACCUCAACUGGACUAAAAUUGACAUUGCCAUUAGAAGUGAAAUCGAAGCUAUCAAUUAUUACCAAGGUCAAUUUUAUUAUGUGACGUUGUGUGGUGAAGUUUGGGUUUUCGAUGUUACAGGGCCUCGCUUUCUUUUUAAGCUGGAGGUUGAUAUAUGGUAUGAGAGCUCAGAGUUAUACCUAUUCGAGCUAUCCGGUGCACUAUUACUUGUUUCCCGAAUUGGCCAUGGAGGAUAUUCAUAUGGCGAAUAUAAGACCUUUAAAUUUGAAGUGUUUGAAUUAGAUGUAAUCAAGCGUACAUCAAAGGAGGAGAUUAAAACCUUGGGAAAUUCAGCUAUUUUUUGGGACAGUGAGGCACCAAUUUCCGUGGACACCUCUAAGUUUAAAGGAGUCAAGCCUAAUCAUAUAUAUUUUGCUGAUGAUUCGCAUAGAGUGUUUUUUAAUGGAAGGGGUGGAAGCGAUAAGGGAAUAUACAAUCUUGAAGAUGGAAAAAUUAAAUCGUUUUUUCCCGAAUUAUCCCCAAGUCCUACUGGCCCAACUUGGAUUGCACCAUCAUUCUGA